AUGGGAAUAGGUGUGAGAUGCGGGCAAGGGAAAGAGGGCGGGCAAGGGAAAGAGGGCGGGCAAGGGAAAGAGGGCGGGCAAGGGAAAGAGGGCGGGCAAGGGAAAGAGGGCGGGCAAGGGAAAGAGGGCGGGCAAGGGAAAGAGGGCGGGCAAGGGAAAGAGGGCGGGCAAGGGAAAGAGGGCGGGCAAGGGAAAGAGGGCGGGCAAGGGAAAGAGGGCGGGCAAGGGAAAGAGGGCGGGCAAGGGAAAGAGGGCGGGCAAGGGAAAGAGGGCGGGCAAGGGAAAGAGGGCGGGCAAGGGAAAGAGGGCGGGCAAGGGAAAGAGGGCGGGCAAGGGAAAGAGGGCGGGCAAGGGAAAGAGGGCGGGCAAGGGAAAGAGGGCGGGCAAGGGAAAGAGGGCGGGCAAGGGAAAGAGGGCGGGCAAGGGAAAGAGGGCGGGCAAGGGAAAGAGGGCGGGCAAGGGAAAGAGGGCGGGCAAGGGAAAGAGGGCGGGCAAGGGAAAGAGGGCGGGCAAGGGAAAGAGGGCGGGCAAGGGAAAGAGGGCGGGCAAGGGAAAGAGGGCGGGCAAGGGAAAGAGGGCGGGCAAGGGAAAGAGGGCGGGCAAGGGAAAGAGGGCGGGCAAGGGAAAGAGGGCGGGCAAGGGAAAGAGGGCGGGCAAGGGAAAGAGGGCGGGCAAGGGAAAGAGGGCGGGCAAGGGAAAGAGGGCGGGCAAGGGAAAGAGGGCGGGCAAGGGAAAGAGGGCGGGCAAGGGAAAGAGGGCGGGCAAGGGAAAGAGGGCGGGCAAGGGAAAGAGGGCGGGCAAGGGAAAGAGGGCGGGCAAGGGAAAGAGGGCGGGCAAGGGAAAGAGGGCGGGCAAGGGAAAGAGGGCGGGCAAGGGAAAGAGGGCGGGCAAGGGAAAGAGGGCGGGCAAGGGAAAGAGGGCGGGCAAGGGAAAGAGGGCGGGCAAGGGAAAGAGGGCGGGCAAGGGAAAGAGCUUCGGAACCAUUAG